AUGUUUAAAAUAGAAGGUGAAUUGCUGCGGUAUGAUGGACCGUUAACGCCGGAUCGUUAUAACAAGUUUUUCAAUCCGAACUUAUGCCACGUUUGUAAGGAAAAAGAUACUGGCAAUUUGAUAACAUGCGAUCAAUAUUAUACGAUCUCGUACUGCAGCAUGGAGCACAAAAUGUUGCAUCAUCCGGAGCACGAACAGAUCUGCAGAACUGUAAAGAAGAAUUUAGAAAAGGAUCCCCAAUGGCGCAUUCGUAAAUUAAAUCCGAACGAGUGGUUUCAGUCGAGAAAACUAAGUCUGAAUCUAGACAUCGGAUAUUUAAAUAGUUACUCCAUUAAACUAAAAUUCCGUGUGUUUCCUGGACCAAGAUCCUAUUUACCGGCUUGGGAACUUAUCCUGCACCUUUUACAUCAAAUGAAGGAACUAAUAAUUAUAUUGAUAGGGCCAGGCUUACAAAAUGAACGUGGUAACAUUGACGCUUGUCUUACGUGCAAGGUCACUUAUGGGCAGAGGUUAUUUUUGGAAACUCAUGGCAUGCCGUAUCAUGAUUAUGUAAACAGUCAGUUAUAUAAGCGACCAAAUGUAAUUAUAGCAUUUCAAGCAGAACUUUAUCGUGAACACAUAGGGGAAGGAUUUUUAAGAGCAGUGCGACAUCAAAACUGUCCAUUACUUAUAACUGCUACGUCGGUGGAUAAAUUGAAGGAAAAUAUGAACACCGUAAACCAACUUCUUAGUACAUGGCUAUUUAGCUCAUCCAGUCAAAACCGUCGCUUCGUCUGUGAACAUUCGACAUCAAACAGUGAGAGCAUUCAGAAACUCUACUUCCUAGUCAGUCGUACAAAGACUCCAGCACAGAAUAUACCAAGAAAGUUCUACGUGUAUUGCACAUACUUAUCGUAA